UGGAAAUCAAAGUGCCUGGUUUAGGAAAACUAAGGGAAUACUGGGAAUGUUGUUUAGAUUAGCAUCCUUCAUAGUGGACAUUAAAUUGUCCCCUGCUGUUUGUGUGCAUAAAAGGCUAUGGACAGCUUCAAUGACAGUUUAGGAGGGAGUUUCAUUUUGGUGGGCUUCUCAGAUUGGCCUCAGCUGGAACUCUUUCUUUUUGUCUUUAUUUCAAUUUUCUACUCUCUAACUCUGUUUGGCAACACCACCAUCAUUGCUCUCUCCCAAAUGGACCUUCGAUUACACACUCCCAUGUACUUCUUCCUCUCACACCUCUCCUUCCUGGACCUCUGCUACACCACCAGCACUGUGCCCCAACUCCUCAUCAACCUUCAUGGACUUGACAGGACCAUCAGCUAUGGAGGAUGUGUGGCCCAGUUGCUCAUAUCUCUUGCUCUGGGCUCCACUGAGUGUGUGCUCCUGGUGGUGAUGGCCUUUGACCGCUAUGCUGCUGUGUGUCGUCCCCUGCACUACAUGACCAUCAUGCACCCCCUUCUCUGCCAGGCAUUGGCGAUUGCCUCAUGGGUAGGAGGCUUCUUGAACUCUCUGAUUCAGACAGGGCUCAUGAUGGCCAUGCCCCUCUGUGGACACCAACUGAAUCACUUCUUCUGUGAGAUGCCUGUUCUCCUGAAGUUGGCCUGUGAAGACACGGGAGGAACCGAGGUCAAGAUGUUUGUGGCCAGAGCCAUAAUCUUGGUUUUCCCUGCAGCACUCAUUCUUGGCUCCUAUGCACAGAUUGCCAGGGCAGUGCUAAAGAUCAAAUCAAUGGCUGGACGAAGAAAAGCUUUUGGGACCUGUGGGUCCCACCUCCUGGUGGUUUCUCUGUUUUAUGGCUCAGCCAUCUACACAUACUUACAGCCCAAGGGCAGCUAUUCUGAGAGUAACGGAAAGUUCGUUGCCCUUUUUUAUACUAUCAUCACCCCCAUGCUCAACCCUCUGAUUUAUACCCUGAGGAACAAGGAUGUGAAGGGGGCUCUGUGGAGGGUGCUAGGGAGAGGCACAGACUCAUGGUAGGGGAAGAAAAUAGGGUCACUACAACUUUCUUUGAUAGCUCUCAUAUCAUUAAGUUGAUCCUGUUCUGCUGACUAAGAAAUAUCCUUCA